AUGAACGGAAUUAUGGGGGAAAAUUCGGACUUGAUUCCUCCAAUUGCAAAUAAUAACAAUAAUAGUGUGAGUAAUAAUAAUAAUAACAAUAAUAAUAAUAGUAAUGAGAAUAAAAAUGUAGCUAAUGUUAAAAGUGCGAGUGAAAGUAUCGCGGGGGGUGUGAAGGGUGCAGAAAUAAGCAAAGCUGUCGCAAAAGUCCUGGAUGGCUAUGACUGGACACUAGUACCUGUUGCUACCAAAGGAACAAGUGAUAAAAGAGCGGCGCAUGUUAAAAGGCCGAUGAAUGCCUUCAUGGUAUGGGCCCAGGCCGCGAGGAAAAAACUCGCUGAUCAGUACCCACAGCUUCAUAACGCCGAGUUGUCCAAAACUCUUGGUAAAUUGUGGAGACUUCUGUCGGAGAACGACAAAAAACCUUUCAUCGAAGAAGCAGACCGGCUGAGAGUGAUCCACAAGCGGGAACAUCCUGACUACAAGUACCAGCCAAGACGCAGGAAGCAAAACGGACCUGGUCGCGAAAAUUCACCCUCCCGCGGGUCCAACGCCGGCCAAAAUCAUCACAAUCAAAAUAACAAUCAUCUAAAUCAUAAUAACAAUCAUCUUAAUCAUAAUCACAAUCAUAAUCAUCACCUAAGCCAUCAUCACAACCAAGGACAGCAGGGAGGAAAUAUGGGGUUCGUGACGAGCUCACUGAAGCAAGAAGACCUGAGCCCGCGCGGCAUCCAAGCUCCGAAUUCCCCGCAAAGCAGAGUGAGUUCCUCGCCUCCCACGACGCCGAAUCAAGGCCUGUCACCUCCUACACCACCGACGACGCCUCGAGGGCACCACUUUGUCAAUCAGGCGCUGACACACCAGCAACACAUCCAUUACCAGCAAGAGCUUUCAGCCUCCUCAAUGUCCGACUCUUCUCAACAGCAGAGUACCAUGGACCUGAGUAGAUUCAUCGACGUGACCGAGGUCCCCCUGGCCGAGGAGCCUCCCAUAAGCAGCCUCAGCCCCCUAGUGAACCUAAAUUUGCCCCUCAAUCUUCAAGAAUGCGAAGUUGAGAGCAGCGAGCUGGACCAGUAUCUCCCCCAGCAAGUGCUCUCCGUUCAUCAGUACCAGAAUCCCUCUGCGAAUCCGUCCCCUUGGCUGAUAAAUCGAUAUGAAGAAGACAACGACAGACCCAACAAAAGAUUCUGCUCGGAAUCAAUACCCGAAGUCUCUUGGGAAGAUCGACAGGACAUGAUACGUUAUCACGAGCUCCAGCCGCCUUUGCCCUCGGUACAAUACAUUUCCGCGCCUCACCACCCACAUUCAAACAACCAGGUCACCCAUUCUCAUGUUAACAGUCCUUACAUGCAGUACGCGAGCCAUCGCUACGUACCUAGCAUCGAAACUUGGCCCAAUUACUUAUAA